AUGCGUUCCCUUCUAACAUGGGCCGCCGCCCUCCCCCUCGUGUCAGCAGCAGCCCUCCAACAAAUAACCUCCUUCGGCCCCAACCCCACAAACGUCUCCUUCUACCUCUACGUGCCCGACUCCCUCAUCCCCUCCGCGCCCCUCCUCGUCUUCCCGCACUGGUGCCACGGCACAGCCCUCGACGCCUUCAACAACAAGCCGUGGCGCUCCCUCGCCGACUCCCUGGGCUUCGUCACCAUCUACCCCUCCACGCCCUGGACCGCCGACUACUGCUGGGACGUCUCCUCGCCGCAGACCCUCUCCCACGACGCCGGCGGCGACUCGCUCGGCAUCGUGAGCAUGGUCCGCUGGACCCUCGACAACUACGACGUAGACCCGGACCGCGUCUUCGUGACGGGCGUCAGCUCGGGCGCCAUGAUGACCAACGUGCUCGUCGGGGCGUACCCGGAUGUCUUCGCGGCGGGGUCCGCCUUCGCGGGGGUGCCGUUCGGGUGUUACGCGGCCGACGGCUUCGCGGUGUGGUCCGACGACUGCGCGAACGGGCGGAUCACGCACUCCGGGGAGGAGUGGGCGGAGAUCGUGAGGGAUGCGUAUCCGGGGUACGAAGGCCCGCGGCCCAAGUUGCAGGUUCUACACGGGGAUGUGGAUAAUGUGCUGAACGUGACCAACUUUUACGAGGAGAUCAAGAUGUGGACGACGGUUUUGGGGACUGGCGAGACGCCGACGGAGGUUGUGGAGGAUGAUCCUGUUGCGGGGUGGACGAAGAGCGUGUAUGGGAACCGGGGACUGUUUGAGUCGUUUUUGGCGCAUGGGGUUGAUCACAAUAUCCCGGAUCAGGUCGAUGAGGUUGUGAGGUUCUUUGAGCUGGACUGUGUUGGUGAGGGUUGCUUUUCGAGAAAGUCGUUGCCUGUGGCUGGGGCUUGUAAGAAGAGGCGUGGUCUCAGGAUGGCGACGCCAUGA